ACCAUUAUAAAAAGGGCUCUUCACAUAGCAUCAUGGAAAGCAAACAGCUCAAUGAUGUCUGCCACACACUUGCUAAUAUUGCUACUUGGAGUGGCCGCUCUAGCCACUCCCUCUUUUGGCACCUAUGAGUCUCCCAACUAUGGGAAGCCCCCUACUCCUGUUUAUAAGCCUCCUAAGGUGAAACCCCCACCUUAUGAACAUAAGCCACCUGUCUAUGAACCUCUAAAGAAAGAAAAACCUGAGCAUAAGCCACCUGUCUAUGAACCUCCAAAGAAAGAAAAACCUGAACCCAAGCCACCGAUGUAUGAACCACCAAAGAAGGAAAAGCCCGAACCAAAGCCACCAGUUUAUACACCUCCAAAGAAAGAGAAGCCUGAACCCAAACCACCAGUAUAUGAACCACCAAAGAAGGAAAAGCCUGAGCCUAAGCCACCAGUUUAUACACCACCAAAGAAAGAGAAGCCUGAACCCAAGCCACCAGUGUAUGAACCACCAAAGAAGGAAAAGCCUGAGCCUAAGCCACCAGUUUAUACACCACCAAAGAAAGAGAAGCUUGAACCUAAGCCACCAGUGUAUGAACCGCCAAAGAAGGAAAAGCCCGAGCCAAAGUCACCAGUUUAUGCACCUCCAAAGAAAGAAAAACCAGAACCCAAACCACCAGUUUAUCAGCCUCCGAAGAAGCCACCAGUUUAUGAGCCUAAACCACCAAAGCCACCGGUUUACACACCACCAAAGAAAGAGAAGCCAAAAUCUAAACCACCAGUACAUGAGUCUCCCAAGAAACCACCAUACAGUCACUAUCCAGGACACCCUCCAUUGGGGAAGCCUCAAUAGAGAGAUCCCAUCGGCUAGCCAUCCCAAGAACUGAGCUACUAUGGCUAUAUAGAAAAAUUAGUAUCUAUACAAUAAGAGUUGCUUCCUACUCAUGUUCCAUUUUCUUGUAUGUCAUGUUGUAAUGUUUUCUUUUACCAGCGAGAAUGCCGAUGGCAGUACUCAUUGGAAUGCUUAUUUUAUGUCUUCUUGUUUCUCAAUGAGCAAUAUCCUGAUUUCAACA